AUGAACUAAGAUGGAUUUGUUAGCUUUAUGCUAGAAAAAGAUGAUUCUUAUUAAUUUUAACCUACUGAAAAUAAAUUUAAAAUUAAUAAUGACGAUGAAUUUUAUAGAUAGUUAAGUUAAGAGUUUUAUGGUCAAUAAUAAUAAAAUUAAUACUAUUUUAAAAAUACAAAAAAACAAAUAAAAACAAUCGAUUCACUUAAAUUUAAAUCAAAACAUACUUUCUAAACAACUGAAUCUUAAAAAUCACAACACUCAUUUACUAACUAAUAAUAAUCAUAAUAAAUAAUACAAUAAGUAAAAUACAUAUUUAUAAAUAUUUUAGAAAAUCUAUAAAUUAUUUACUAAAUAAACUCCAUCUCAAUAGACAAUCCAUAAAUAAAUUGAUAGAUCCUCCUAAAAAACAAGAAAUUUCAAUGAUAUUACACCUUAAUUUACUUUUAAACUAGAAUUUUCAAACACUUAAAAAAACUAACAUAGAUAAUCUCCAUAAAAUAGUUAUAGAUUUAAACUCAAUGAAGAAGAUGAUUAUUAAGGAUUUUAAUAACAACAUUCACAUAGAAAUACAUUAAAUAGUUGUGAUAAAAGUAUUAAAAAAUAAGAUAAAAUCUCUGACAUCUAUUAUCCCUUAAAACUUAAAACUUAUAAGGGAUAAGAAGUUGGAAAUUUAUUUCAGUUAUCAUUUAGAAGUAAAUAAUGA